AUGGUCUCCGCGUCGGAUGAGCUCAAGGCUCCUGCUGACGUGACCAGCGGAGACGCCCGCUCCCCGCCCUCCGACAACGACGAGCGCCCCGUCCGCCAGCAGCUGAAGGACACGUCCAUCGAUCCUUCCAACCACAAGACCCCUGCUGGAGACUCGAGCACUGCCGCAUCGGGCCCGGAACAGGGCAGCGGCCGGAAGCGCUCAUUCGAAGAGGCGCGCGGCGAAACCGACGACGGCGUCGAAAAUGGCGACGGCCCACGAAAACGAUCGCGCGAGUCCACCCCAGAAGACGUGAAGAAGGACAGCGCCGCAGCCCCUGCAUCAGAUAACGUGAGUGAGCCCGCUCCCCAGGACCCCGUACCUGCCACCCCCAAGGAUUUGGCCCCGGAUGAGUCCUCCCCUGGAACAUUGGACAGCCCCGAAGUCGAGAUCAUUGUCAUUUCGGAUUCCGAGUCCGAGGAUUCCGUCUCGGAUGGAAAACCAGAAGUCCUUGAGUCGCCCCAGGAAAUCAUCGAAAUCUCCUCCGAUUCAGAGUCUGAAUCUGAGUUUGAGCUCGUGGAAGUACCCGAGGUUCUCGAAGUGAUCUCUAUUUCGGAUUCGGAUUCGGAGUCUGGAUCUGAAUCUGAAUUUGAGAUCGUGGAAGUUCCCGAGGAGAAUUCCAUUUCAGACUCGGAUUCUGAUUCGUUGCCGGACUAUGAAUUCUAUGAGAAGGCUCAGGCACCAACCUCAUCUCCCAUUAAGGAAGAGAGCCCUGAAUCGGAUUCCAAUUCGCUCCCAGACUAUGAAGUCUACGAGGAAGCUCCGGCGCCAACCUCAGCUCCCACUAAAGAAGCGAGCUCCGAGACGGAUUCUGAUUCACUGCCAGACCAUGAAGUCUAUGAGGAAGCUCAGGCGCCAAACUCAGCUCCUACCAAGGAAGCAAGCUCCGAGUCAGAUUCUGAUUCGCUCCCUGACUAUGAAGUCUAUGGGGAGCCUCAGGCGCCAACCUCAGCUCCUACUGAGGAAGAGAGCUCUGAGUCCGUAGAGCUCAAAGAGUCCGAAACUUCUGAGCGAACUCGCGAGAAUACACCCGAGCCAAAGAUUCCUGGGGUGCAGACUGAAGGCACCGCCCAAAUUGAGCCAUCAUCCAGUGGCCUGUCCCGUGGCCAGGAGACUCAUCACAGUGUGGAGAAUGAUAACACCAACACAACUUCACAGGAUACCGAGAACCACCCCCCUGCCGAUGCGACGAACAACGACGACGCCAAGGCCCUAAAGAAAAAGCGAAGCUUAGAGCAGCUGGAGGAGGACGAGGCGAAGAAGCCCGAGGAGACAGGAACGAAGCGACACCGGGAUAAUUCGCAGGAGCGCGAGACCCAAGCAGCCAACGCUUUCGCUCAAAGUGCUUUUGCAAACACGGCCGCUUCGUCCCCAUUCGCUGCGCUUGGUGGUUCGACUGCAACUACCGAGAAGCCUGCCUCGACCUCCGCAUUUGCGUCUUCGGCUCUGGGCUCCUUCGCCGGCUCAGAGAGUUCCCCUUUCGGCUCCCUCGGUUCCUCAAACCCAUCAGUAUUCAAAUCUGGCUCUGGAAUGUCUGGCUUCGGCUCUUCCUCAACUUCUGGCUUCGGCUCCCUGAAAAGCGGAUUCGCGGGUGUGGGUGGUGGCUUCGCAGCUGCUGCCAAGUCCGGCGGCUUGACUAACUUCGCAUCCCCCAAUGCCCCUGCGACCCUCGGCGGCGAGCCUAAGGCCUCGAAGCCCAUUGGUGCUGACGAGUCUGAUGAUGAAGGAAGUGACAAUGAUGAAGGCGAAGAGACCAGCACGUUCGAGGCUGAUAAGACUGACGAGCGUUUCUAUGAACAGACCAUCGAGACUGGUGAGGAGGAGGAAGAGAACCUCUUUGCUUGCAAGGGCAAGCUUUUCCACUUUAGCAGCGGCGAGUGGAAGGAGCGCGGCGUGGGAACUUUCAAGAUCAACGCCCGCACGAGUGAGACCGGAAAGCAGACUGGCCGCAUGAUCAUGCGUGCUGAUGGUGCUCUACGUGUCAUGCUGAACAGCCCUGUCUUCAAGGGUAUGACAUUCGGUGACGCAAAGAACCAGGAGCCCACCUCCAAGCAGAUCCUCCUCGCCAGUAAUGAAGAAGGCCGCACCGUGCCUCUACUCUUGCGCGUUGGGAAUGAAGCCCUUGCGAAGGAUCUCUACGUUGUCAUUAAGGAUCUCCUGGACGGCGAGUGA